GUCCAGUUUAUGAGUUGGAGAUACGGAGCAUCAGCAGGAACAACAAAGGAUAUAUGGAUGCCGAUUUAACGACUCGCCCGGUAACAUAUGAAGCACAGAAUGGUUUGCGUAUUGAAAUCGGAGUCAAACAGAGCUUCGUUUCUACCGGAGAGCAUAUUAUUGUUACAGUCUAAAGCCAGUGCCGGAGACGUAGCUUCAUCUUUUGAGGAGCUGCAUCAGAUUCAGGCUGUGCCGAAAUGCCCGUGAUGUACAGCGGUGAGGAGGGCGUCAGUUUCUGCAAUUGUGAGCUGAUGUUAUGAUAUAACCCUCUUAAUUGGAUUCAUGGGAUAUUGGACAUACCUUAUGACAAGUUCUGUUUUUAAGUGAGUGGGAACCUUGCGCAGUGCAGUGAAGGCUUGUCAGCUGUAUCGUGUUGUGUUUGAAUUUGGAAUGGUAUGCGAAUUGCACUAUUACCUCAGAUAGUUGCCAUUCUCUUAAGGACAUUACCUAAUACCUAACAUUGUGUUCAUUAUUAUUCCAUGUGAGAGGUUUCUUUUAUGAGUGGUGCAUACCACUCUCCUGGGGUACAGCUAGAUGAGAGGCAAACAGUAUCAGCAACUUAAGUUAACUGCGCCUUGGGAGAAGGAUGGUGGCUAUGGGAGAAAGCUCAAAACAUAUAACAACCACACCAAAAUAAUAGCUCAACCGGGAAUCGUGAUGAAAGUGCUGCGCAGAAAGAGGAUAGUCCUCUUCAUAGCCUAUUUCCUGCUGCUGGUGCUAACCAUGUUGAACUUGGCUAAUUACAAGUGGACUAAGGAGCCCCAGCAGUGCACCCACCAGAUGAGGAGCACUCCGUACCAGGGCCGGUCGGACAUCCGGUUCCUCUACAGACCUCCGCUGGCCAAAAAGAGGCAGCUGGUGUACGUGCUGACCACGUGGAGGUCGGGCUCGUCCUUCUUCGGCGAGCUGUUCAACCAGAAUCCGGAGGUGUUCUUCCUCUACGAGCCCAUGUGGCACAUAUGGCAGAAGCUGUACCCGGGGGACGCCGUCUCGCUGCAGGGGGCAGCACGCGACAUGCUCAGCUCGUUGUACCGCUGCGACCUGUCGGUCUUCCAGCUGUACAACAGCCCCGGCGGGAAGAACUUCACCUCGCUGGGCCUGUUCGGCGCCACGCUCAACAAGGUGAUGUGCUCGUACCCGCUCUGCUCGGCCUACCGCAAGGAGGCGGUGGGCAUGGUGGACGACAAGGUGUGCAAGAAGUGCCCGCCGCAGAGCCUGCGUCUGCUGGAGGAGGAGUGCCUCAAGUACAGCACGGUGGUCAUCAAGGGCGUGCGCAUCCUGGACGUCAACGUGCUGGCGCCGCUCAUGGAGGACCCGUCGCUGGACCUGAAGGUGAUCCACCUGGUCCGGGACCCGCGGGCGGUGGCCAACUCCCGGAUCAAGUCCCGGCACGGGCUCAUCCGGGAGAACUUGCAGGUGGUUCGGAGCAGGGACCCCAAGCUGCGGCGCGUUCCCUUCGUGGACCCGGGACACAAGGCCAACAAAAAGGACGGCUCCGACUACCACUCCAUCGGCGCCAUGGAGGUGAUCUGCGACCGCACCUCCAGGACGCUGCGGUCCGCCCUGACGCCCCCUAGCUGGCUCAAGGGGAAGUACAUGGCCGUGCGCUACGAGGACCUGGUGGAGAACCCCGUCAAAACCAUCCGGAAUGUUUACCGCUUUGCCAAUCUCAGUGCCAACCACGACAUCGAGUCCUUCGCACUCAACAUGACCAGCGGGACGAGCUCCUCGUCCAAGCCCUUCAUCGUGUCCUCCAGGAACGCCACGCAGGCGGCGAGCGCCUGGAGAACAGUGCUGAGCAUUCAGCAGAUCAAACAAGUGGAAGACUACUGCCACCACUCCAUGGCCGUCCUGGGCUACGAGCGGGUACGGACGGCCGGGGAGGCCAAGGACCUCAGUAAAUCUUUGCUAACUGCCUCAAAACUGUAAUGGACUUACAACAAUAAGACCACACCAAAGACUGGGUUUCCAACGGUGAAUUUGCAUUGAGUGACGACGACAUUAUGCGGAAUCCACGUUUUAUUUAAGGUGUUUGAAAUGAGGAUCGUGACUCAUUAACUGGAAUGUAUGUUCCUAUUUUUAGAAUUGUUAUGUUCAAUGGGAAAAAAUCUUUUUUUUAAAUGGACAAUUGGAUGUGUGUGACUAAGAGAGGCCUACAGACAGACUGCUGAAUUAAACUGUUAUGAACCAGUAACCUGACAGCGAUUACACAUCUUACUUCAGUGGAUGUCCUCAAAGUGUUAUGAAUGUUUCAAAUUUCUGAAAAAAAUGUCUGCAUUCCCCUCAGAUCCAUAUUCCCUGUAAAUGUGACAACUGUGGAUACAAAAAAGAGCAACCAUGCAAACUCACAGGUAAAUGACAAAAUAUAAACAAUUUAAAACAGUAAAUGACAAAAAAAAAGGCUCAGUGGUAUAGCUGUCUGUGUUUAUUUGUCAGUACUGGGAGACAAUCAUUAAAAGUGGUCUGUUAUAUUUUG